AUGCCCGACACCAUGAGUGGCCCCCGGUUCAACAAUAACCCUGUCUGCUUCGCCACAGUCCGGUCGGUUGAACGCAAACCGAACAUUGAUGAACCGGGCCUUCGGGCUAAAGUUGCCUUCAUGACCAGCAUCCAAACUCUCGAGGAAGAGACAAUGGUUCGGUCGCUGCACCCUGCUCUGAAGCAUUGCGAUUGUGUUUCAGUAGUUGAGGGUGGUCCGGUGAGGAAACCUUUGUGGCUAGUCCAUGUCCGCGGCGCCCGGAAUAUCAACAACACACACGCCGCUGGCAGGGAAAUACAUGUCCUGCCGGCACAAACUCUUCCACCCGUUACCCCCUUGGGUCUGUUGAUGCGUUAUGUCAAUAUCCACCGUAUCGACCCCCGGUCUUUUCUCGAACCCCAGAAAGUCAACUUAAUUCGCGAAGCCUUCCCAGGUUCCAUCGGAGCACAAAUACUCCUCACUGGUUGGCUAUUGAUUUUGUUUCCGGAGAAGAAGUCGCUAGAGGCAUGCUGGGAUAAGGGUGUCCCGGACGAGGUCGGUGGUUUACGGGUCGGAUACAUCAUAGCAUCAUUCCAUGCGACAGCUAACAUCGUCGAGUCCGGUCGAGCGGUUAGCAGUGCGCCAGGAACCCAUGUCCCGCAGGCGGCACUCGGCCUACGAUUACGGCUCCCAGGUGGCCAGGAGGCAAUCACGACAGUGACGCAUGCGUUUGUCCGUCUUGCCGAUUCCAGAAUGUCAAAAAUAAGGAAACGUUUCACGGAGUAUAUCUUGACAGCGAAAGAUUACCUCAAGCGGAUGCGACCACCGCCGCGGCAGGCACCACAGGCUGCCAUUGUCCACCCGAAACAGGUUGCGAACUCGCCGCUUGGUAAACAAAUUGGCACUAUUACAGUAACUUACGACCGAUUUUGGUCACUGGGCCGAACCUCCCCCAGCUCACGAAUCCCCCCCCACACCCCCCGGGUGACAGAAUGGGGUCCAUAUGAAGCGGCGCUUCAAGGCCGGCCAGUUUUUCUGCACCGCUACCAUAUUUCAACCGGAAGAACAUUUACUCACCAAGGCCAUGGAGUAACAACACAAGCCCAGCAGUGUAUUAUCCAUGGGACCCAGUACAGCUGGGAUGCACGGGCGUUUGGUACAGCUUUGCUAUGGAGGACUCUUCGAGACACCGAUAGCGUUCGCGGGGCAUCAGGCAGUGUCCUAUGCUUAGGCGAACCACAGCACGAGACAGCUAGAGCUCUUCUCUUCCAGAACUUCGAGGCACCCCUGACGGCGAGUGAGAAUGUGCAUAUCGAUGAGAAGGAGGAUGCCCCUGUCUUUAAAGGGGGGUUUCUUUUGCCCGAAGAGAUCCGUCGCUCACAGAUUAUUACCGUGGGAGAAAUAUAUCCAGAAGACUUCCGUACCCCGCAGAAAAGUUCUAACUCGGAGGUCUCUACGCAGGAAUAUGGUAUGACUGUGUAG